CAACAGCAUGCUAAUUAUGCAAAUGCGCAACCCGUGCGGUGGGAUCUGAAGAGGCUCUUUGUACUUUUUCCCUCUUGAGGGGAGAGUCUGGGGGGGAGCCGGGACCGAUCGGCGGAGGGGCGGCUGCUUGGGUCAGAGGUAACAGAGUAGAAAAGACAGACGCUACAGGAGCGGCAGGGCAGAGCAGAGCCACUCACUAUGACUUGUGUCAGCAGCUCUGUUCCAGGCAGGGAGCGAUUUUGGAUCCCCGCACAUCCACCCGGCCCUGCCAGAAUGGUUGAGCCCAGCCCUUCAGCUCUGCACCUCCUCUCCGGUGGGGAUGUACGCAUGGCGGACAUCGGUGUCAAAGUGGAACAGGAGGAAUGCGGUGGAGACAGCGGAGCCAAAACCAACUUGGAGCACCCCAGGACUCUGCACGACUGGUCAGCAAGUCAGCCUCUAGAGACGCGCCAGCUGACCCCCCCACUGUCACGCUCCCCUUCGGAGGGCUCUCCAGGAAAGGAGCCGCCUCACAAGCAAAGCCCCCUGGGAACGAAGGAAGCCAGGAUUCACGAGCGAUCAGAGGGGCAAGCCAAAAUUAAGGAAGUAAUGCCGACCAUCGAGAAGCUGCUGAACACCGACUGGAAGGAGAAACUUCUGGAUAAAAGCUCAGUGGGCGCAGGACAACUCAAAGGCACUCCGGAGUCUCUGGCGGAGAAGGAGCUGCAGCUGCUGAUGAUGAUCAACCAGCUGAGCGGCCUGAGGGAGCAGCUGCUGGGCGCCCACUCAGAGCAGAGGAACAUGGCCGCCCUGCUGCUGGAGAAGCAGCAGCAGCAGAUGGAGCUGGCCCGGCAGCAGCAGGAGCAGAUCGCCAAGCAGCAGCAGCAGCUGAUCCAGCAGCAGCAUAAGAUCAACCUGCUUCAGCAGCAGAUCCAGCAGGUGAACAUGCCCUACGUGAUGAUCCCGGCUUUCCACCCCAACACCCAGACCCUCCCCGUCUCCUCAGACCCCCCGAUGACAUUGCCUCUGCAGCCCAUCCCCUGCAAGCCGACGGUCGACUACCCCAUGCAGCUGCUCCCAAACAGCCACCACACGCCCAUCAAGAGGAGCAGCAGCUCCUUCCGCCAGGAGGCGAGCCAGCCGCUGAACCUGACCUCCAAGCCCAAGGGGAUGGAGCUGGGGAAGACGUCCAGCCCUCUGAGCCUGGAGCUGGGAUCAGUGGGAUCCAUGCAGGGCGCCUACAGACCCAGAGAGGUGUCCCGCAGCCCGCCGCGGCCCGCCCUCAGUUUCCUAGGAGACGGCGACGUGGUCACCCAGGCCAUCCAUGAUGCGCAGCAGCUCCUGAGGAGCCACAGCAGCGGAGGGAGAGACAGGGACCAAUACAGAGACAGGGAGAGAGAGAGAGACGGUUCUGGAAAAAUGGAACGGUCUAGUACUUUAGGAUUCGGGCUUCGUGACGACGGCCUCCCAUCCCAGCCUUCAUUCUUUGAGGAAUAUAAAGGUUCUCCUCAUGCAGAAAAAAUAAGUCACUGUGAGCGCGGUGAAGAGAGGCACGGCGAGGAGCAUCUCAGCAGUGACUCUGAGGGGGGGGCCCUGCCUGUCUCUGUUCCUGGCAGCUACUCCGAGACCCGGCCCACUUCCUCUACCGGCCACAUAAAGAGACCCAUGAAUGCCUUCAUGGUGUGGGCCAAGGACGAGCGCAGGAGGAUCCUCCAGGCUUUCCCAGACAUGCACAAUUCCUCAAUCAGCAAGAUCCUAGGCUCCAGGUGGAAGUCCAUGUCCAACCAGGAGAAGCAGCCAUACUAUGAGGAGCAGGCGAGGCUGAGCAGGCAGCACCUGGAGCGUUACCCCGACUACAAGUACAAGCCCCGACCCAAACGGACCUGCAUUGUGGAGGGCCGAAGGCUGAGGGUGGGCGAGUACAAAGCCAUGAUGAAGAGCCGCAGGCAGGAGCAGAGGGCCACCUACACACACAGCCAAUCAGAGCCGCAGCAGAUCCAGUACUCCCAGAGCGACCAGUACCCAGCCGGCGGCUCCAUCUCCGUCCCAGGCUUACCGUUUCACCCGGCACUGCUGGAGCACUACCUGCCGCAGGCCCCUCCCCCCGCCCGCAGGUCUGAGGACCGGGCCACGCCCACCCCACUGCCCAGGGACAGGGAAAGAGAGAGGGUGCAGGAGAGAGAGAGGGAGAGGGAGAGGGAGAGAGAGAGGGAAAGAAAGCGAGAGCGACUGCCGUACAGCGAAGGAGAAGAAAGCGACGUGGGAGAGAGGAGUGAGGGGGAACUGGUGCUGCUCACAGACUGAUCAGGUCGGGCCUGGUGGGCCUCCGGGGGCCCGGUGGGUCUGGUGGGCUGGCGGAGCGAGGAGAUGGAGAGGAAGACGAACAGAACUUCAGCUUCAGAUGUC